AUGGCGUCCGGGUAUCCUGACCCAGUGCAGGAGCCCGAUGCGGUCGCCUUUGAUGUAACAUUGGGGCGCCAGGGCGCCUUCCCGCAGCAGCGCCUGCGCCUGCAUUGCCCUCCGCAGCAUGAGGCGCUGCUGGCGCGGGCGCUGGCGGCCCACGGCGCCGCCUUCGAAGCGCGCGGCUGCGACCCCAGCAGCGUGGUGCUGCGCUUCCGGGACCAGGAGGGGCAGCUCUUCUCCAUCCACGACCAGCCAGGCCUGGAGCGUGCCAUGCAGGAGGCGUGCGAUGCGAGCGGCGUAGUGCAGCUGGAUUUCCUCCUGCAGGUGGCGCCGGCGCCGCGACCGCAGCGGCGCUGCCGGGGCUGCGGGGAGCUCUUCACCUCCAGGAACCAGCUCUUCCUCCACCUGCAAUCCAGUGGUCACGACUCCGCCUCCGAAUCGGAUGAGGACUGCGGCCCCGCGGCCGCCCCCAGCUUCGGCAGCGAAGCCUUCCGCUCCUACUACGCCCACCAAAAGAUCGCGCAAGAGGACCAGUGGCAGGCCGCCUACGAGGCACUGCGCACGCCGCUGCCGCAGACGCUGCGGAUGCAGAAAGGUGCUUUGGCGCGGCGGGCGCUGGCUCGCCUGCGGCAGAUGGUGGAGCUCAAGCCGCUGCCGCUCUGCGAGGACGCCUUUCAGCUGCCCAGCGCCAUGUCUGAGGAGGUGAAGAGCUUGCUGGCAGCGGGCCAGGAGGUGGGUGUGUGGCAUCGCCAGGAGUGGGCCAGCAUGCUGCCAGUCUUGGCGCUGGACCCGAAGCCGGGGGACUACGUCUUGGAUCUUUGUGCGUCGCCAGGCUCAAAGACGCUGCAGCUAUUGGAGGCCACCAGGUCUUCCGACGACGGAGGGCUGGUGGUGGCCAACGAUGCCUCGCGGCCCCGCGCGGUGGUGGUGGCUCAGCGCUGCCGGCGCGGCAGCAAGGAGAGCUUGUUGGUCACCAGUUGUGAUGGCAGGGACUUCCCCUCGCUGAAGCGAUGGUGCGACCGCAAGAUCAAGUUCCAGAAGGUCCUGGUGGACGCGCCCUGCUCAGGGGACGGCACGCUGCGGAAGAACCCUGGGAACUGGGCCAAGUGGAACGCCAAGGAGGGGAACAGCCUCCACCACCUGCAGCUAGGGCUGCUGCGCCGGGGCUUCGAGUGCCUGGAGCCCCAGGGCCGCUUGGUGUACUCCACGUGCUCCCUGAACCCCGUGGAGGACGAGGCGGUGGUGGCCGCUCUGCUGGCGGAGUUCCCCAGCGCCCAGCUGCUGCCCUGGGCGCCUUCCAUGGAAGGCCUCCAGGAGGGCUUGACCACUUGGCUAGUGCCGGACAACCGCUUCGAACAGACGGGAACGAUGUACAGCAGCUAUGCGGAGGUACCUGAAGACCAGCGAAGCACGCUGAAGGCCUCGAUGUUCCCCGGCCAAGCGGCGCUGGAGCAGCUGAAGCUGUGCCGCCGCGUGCUGCCCUGCCGCCAGGAGGCACCGCACGGCGGGUUCUUUGUGGCGCUGCUCACGAAGCAGAAAGCGGGCAAAGACGAGCUGGAGGAGACGGCAGAUGGUGCAGCAGAAGAGGCAGAAGAGGCAGAACCAGCAGCUGCGGAUGCCACAGCAAUGAAGGAUCAGCCAAAGGGGAAGCACAAGCGACGCUUGCGGGGCCUCUUUCGCCCGGUUCCGGCUGAGACGUUGCGCACCAUUGAGGACUUCUGGCAGCUCCGAGGCUUCCCCUCGGAGCGGCUGCGCUUGAACCGCCCGGGCCAGGUGGUUCUGGCCACCAGGGCCCUGGGAACCUGCUUCCUAGGCAAGAAGGUGGAGUUGCCCAUCGUCGAGGGCGCCUGCGCCAUCUUCGCGCCAGAGAGCCUGCGGCCCUUCGAUGAAGCAGUGCCGCUGCUGGCGGCGUGCUCGGGGCGCAAGCUGCAGCUCAGCCCGGAGGAGUUCCUGCGGGUUUUGGAGGCGGCCCAAGAGCAGGACCAAAAGGCAGAGGCCACGGACUUGGUGCUGCUGAGCACCGACGACUCGGUGACGGUCCUGGGCGCGCGCCGCGGCGGCGAGCUGCGGUGCCUGGCCUCCAAGAGGUACAGCAGCAUGCUGCUGGAGCUGCUGCGCCAGAUCCGCCAGGGCGAGCAGCGCUCGAGCGACGAGAAAAGCCUUGGCUCUAAGCCUGCGGCGCCUGCCUGCGGAGCCAACUUCGAGGCGCUGGCCUUGGCAGCCCAGCGGUUCGUUUCAGGCAGCUGCACCCAGUCAAACAUGGCGGCCCGCCUUGCGCGGGUGCUGCAGAAGGUGGUGCACCCUCCGCAGCUACGGCCAGUAGUGGCGACUUGCAGGCCCGGCUUCUGGGAUCACGGACUUGCGCCUUUCCAGCAAGCUGCUCGCAGGUUUGCUGCGACUCCGCCAAAGCUCCCCAUUGCCACAUUGCGCGUAGACCUGCCGCCACCCACCGGGCAAAGAGUCAAGGCAAGCGAGGCAGGGAGUCUUUGUUCUUGUGGCCGAGUGAAGCCCGCUUCUGGGUGGCCGCAGGAUGCAGAGCCCUCCUGUUGCAGCAAAUGCAAAACUGAGGGCAUGGUCAAGCUUCGUGGUUCCAAGUGCAGAUGUGGCAGAGCGCAGCCAUCCUUUGGGAUGCCAGGUGAUGAGAGAGCCGCUUGUUGCAGCAAGUGCAAAGUUGAAGGCAUGGUGGACAUCCGAAGCCCAAGAUGUCGGUGUGGCCAGGCUCGACCAUACUUUGGCUUCCCCAAUGACAAGCGACCCUUUUUCUGUAGGAAGUGCAAAGUCGACGGCAUGGUUGACAUAAAGAAUCGCAGGUGCAUGUGUGGCAAAGCUCAGCCCUACUUUGGUUUUGCUGGGGAUUCCCGGCCUUCUUGCUGCAGCCAAUGCAAAGAUGAGGGAAUGACAGAUAUUGUAAGGCGAAGAUGCAGGUGCGGCUCCACAAGACCUAUUUUCGGCUUUGCCAAUGACCGGCAACCGUCUUGUUGCAGCAAGUGCAAACUUGACGGCAUGGUGGACAUCAGGAAUCCAAGAUGCAAGUGUGGCAAGGCUCGGCCAUCUUUCGGCUUUGUCCAUGACGCAAAGCCCUCUUGCUGCAGCAAGUGCAAAGCUGAUGGCAUGGCAAAUGUCGUGAGUCCAAGGUGCAAGUGCGGCAGAUCCAUUCCUAUCUUUGGUGUUGCUGGGGAUCCACGGCCCACUUGCUGCAGCAAGUGCAAAGAAGAAGGCAUGAUUGAUAUCAAAAGUCGCAGGUGCCAGAUGUGCAAAAAGUUUGCUUCUUAUCCAGAUGCAGCUGGUCGACCAAGGCAGCUUUGCGCAGCCCAUUCUGCCGAGGUGGGAGCCCACAAGUUGUCGUCCCCUGGUCGAUCCCGUAUUGCCAGCGAAUUCUUUGAUGCCUUGGAGGCUGAGCUCGGCCGUGAAAUGCCCUUCCGCUACAGAUUCGAAGCAGAGACUGCCACCUGGUCAGGCGAGGAGUUUGCAGGAUUGGUGACAGAUCGCAACCUGCAGCCUGAUGCAUACGACCCAACAAGCGGCAAAUACCUCGGGAAUUAUUACCAUGGCUUUCCACCAGAGCAUGUGCAGCACGGCAGCUUCACUUGUGUGGGCGGCCGACCUGCAUCCGAGCUGCACGCAGAGACCAUGGCCCGACUGGAUUUGUUCCUGGCAGAGGGGCUGAAGGUUUUCUACAUUUGGGAGCACGAAUUCAAGGAGUGGCAGAAGGAAGUCGCCUCCGGUGCUGUUCCAUGCCUUGCCGGGCGUUUGCAUCGACACAUCGCAGCAGAAUAA